AAUUCUAAUAUCACCAACAAUAAUAAUAACAAUAAUAAUAAUAAUAAUAUAUGUGAAGCAAAGUAUAAUCUUGGAGAUUACCUCAUGAUAAAACUGCGUGUUAGUUUUUAUAACAACGUUUUAUUUGCGACAUUGAAUUCUUCUCACUGAAGAAUAUAUUAUUGAACUGUGUACUGUGUAGUCGCAAUUAUUUGUUAAAUUUUAUCGAGUGUUAAUUAUUUUUUAAAUUAGAAUUAUAAUUUCAGUUAUUUACUUAAAAGAUUUUUAAUUAUCCAUUGAGAAAUUGAGGCUUCGUAGUAUGUCUUGACAAGUGAAGAAGACUUUCGAACGAGGGUCUCGGCAGUCAAGGGUUCAUCACGAUGGUGGUCGGUCAACAGCUUCCGGAACAGUACACUGUACCACAACUAGCCAAUUUCUUUCACAGUCUACCACAUCUCAAUGUUUCGUUCCAUUUGGUUAACAACACCUUUAAUCCUGGCUCUGAUAUAUAUCUCGAGAGUCUGGGAAUCUUGGGGAGUAUUCCAGCUGCCUGGUUGAUCUUGACGCUACUAGUAUUAUUAGUUUACCUCGUAACAAGAUGUUGCGAUCGAAAACCUCGGCCCAGAAGAUCGAUAACGCUGUUAAAGUGUUUGCUGGCCAUUUUGGCGGUUCUCUGUUCCGGCGCAGUCGCAGUGGGACUCUACGGGAACGACGAUGUUCACAACGGACUCGUACAGUUUUUGGACGCUGCCAAAAAGAUUGAUAUGAGUAUAGUGUCUGUGAAAAACCAAACCGAGACGAUAGAUUCGGUUCUCAGGAAAAAUUUGAGACCCGGAUUGACCGCCUUGGGCGACUAUUUGGACACUCCAGUUGCCAAUGGGACUGCUUUCAAGUAUAUGAUGGUGAUUUGGAAACAGGUGACGGACAACACCUCAAUUGCGGUGGAACGCGGUGCGGAACUCAAGAAACACUUGUGCUGCAUUAAUCUUGGAUCUUCGAUCGCCGUUGUUGACAAAAUUGAAUUCUUCAGGUGGCCGGUGACUAUGGCUGUACUCAGCGCUCUGCUUGUACUGUGUGUGGUUCUGCUGGUCGGAGUCGCGCGACAUUCUCGCUGUGCCCUCAUUACAUUUUCUGUAUUUGGCCUGUUUGCCGUCAUAGUAUCAUGGUUAAUGGCUUCCUUGUACCUAGCAACGUCAGUAGCCCUGGGCGACCUCUGCGUCUCACCUGACAGUUAUUUAAUGAAAAACAGCCCUUCCGUGAUGGUCAGUGAAGUACUUAAUUAUUACAUGCGCUGUGAAAGCACCCAGAAUCAUCCAUUUACUCAACGAUUACGAGAAGGACAAAUGGCUGCUGGGUUCAUGCUAUCGAGUUUGAAUGCAGUCGAAAAAAUCGCAUAUGAACUCUACGACAAACCGACCCUGCAACCGAAGCUCCAAAGCCUCAAGGACACCGUCAUAGAUAUCAACGGAAGUAUGUCGCGCUUGACGGCUCUUCUCGAUUGCAAGCCUCUUCACAAGGAAUAUAUUCGAGCUGCCCAAGGUCUUUGUCAUCUUGGACUCUAUGGUCUGACUUUCAUGCUUCUGGCUAGUCUUGCUGCUGGACUGUUUUUUACGAUUUUAGUCUGGGUCGAUUCUCAUACCUGGAUUUAUAUCAGAAAACGAAGGGAUUACUCUCAAGUUGACGAGCAGGAUCCAUUUUUGCCGCCAUCAGCAGCGUCGCAGGCGAUCGCAGCCAGGACUCUCCGUGGCCAAGGGUCGUACCCGCCUACAGCCCCUUCUCUUAAUCCAAAUUCUCAUGGCACGAAUAAUACAAUUAAGCAGCCUCUUCUGCUAACGCCGCCCCCGCCAUCCUACGCUACCGCAACAGCUCGAGCACGUCAGCUGCACGAGAGCAUGUUAAAAGGUGGGGGUGUUAACGGGAGUGGAGGGAUCGGAGAUCACAAACUGUCUCAGCAUAAUCAGCAAUCGGCAAGUGGACGAGCUGAGCACCGUUCUGGGCACGGAGAUCAACCUGGGAGGGAACCUCCUUGGACUCCAAGUGUGGCGUCCUUCACCGGUACAAUGUCUCAUAACUCCCACGGACCUGCCCACCUAGCGACAUUUCAAGACUCUCGCAAGACCCAGACGCUGGACCCGAAGAAUCUCGCAAACCUAAAACGCGGACCGACCCCAGCGUGGAAUCAAAAUCGACCACUGCCUCCAAACCCGAGCCAGCCAUCCUGGGAGUUCGAAUCGCGGUCGCAGACCAACAUGAAUCAGUUCCGGUCAUUGAUGAAGAACAAGACGCCGAACAUCAGAGUCCAGGACCAAGUUCAGGACCAAGUGAGAACUCUCGACCGAAACUUCUCUCGUGGGCAGUUCAAUGGCGCAGCUCCCAACAACGUAGUUCCUAAUAUGUACGGAACAUACAACCGCGCUCAAGCGCGCCAGGAAAAGGCCUCCGCUAUUCCUACUCUCAGCCAGGUCCAAGGUAGCGAUCCCAACCUUUACGCUGUUACGGAGUUAUAAGAUCUUACAGCUUAUAUCAUGAGACAACAGAGAUAAGAUCUAUGAGAUAAUAGAUAAUACAACUUAAAAUGGUCCUAAUUAAUAAGACAUAAUACGGUGUAUAAUAAUAUUAUUAAUUAUUAUUAUUAUUAUACGCUGUCUGAUAUUUAAUAUAUUUACGAAGAAACCAAAGUUUUAACAGGUGAAAAAUAUAUCGAGACUGAGAUUAAUAUUUAUAAUGAACAAAAGAGGGGGCGAAGAAUCUCGGACAAACUCAACAAUCGAAAUAUUUAUACAAUGAGAUUUAUAAUUAAUGUGUAACGACCUGAAUCUCAAUCAAAAUGCCAGACAUUUAUUAUUAUUACUAAAUUCUAUUAUGGUGAUUAAUAUCACGAUAGAUUAUACACCCUAGGACUGUAAAAUUGGUGACACUUUUGUUUUUUUUUUUUUAUGUAGAUCUAAUUAAAAUUACUACCUAGGGAAGUAGAC